CAGGAGGGCCCUGACUCCCCGGUGAGCUGGUCGCGUCCUGCAUUACCUGAGGCUGCGUGUUCUCCAGACCCAGUGUCAACAAAACUUCACUUCAGCUAUGAUCGUUUUCUCCUGGUUUUUUGCAGCUCUGCUGUUGGUCUCCUCCUCCUGGGCUCAGGAAGCGGUUGCUCCUGUGGAGGAGGAAGUACCCAGGGAGCCAUCUGUUGGUGAGCUGCUGGAAAGAGCCAACAGAGACCGCAAGCCUGACUCUGAUGAGCCCACCCUGAUUGGAGGUGACAUUGCAAUCCACUCUGAGGCCGACAAGAAUGCUGACCCAUGCACCUCUAACGGCUGCCUCUGGUUGAAAUACACUGAUGGGAACGUCUACAUCCCCUACUACAUUGCUGAUCACUACUCUGACCGGGAGAGAGCCAUCAUCGUUCGAGGGCUGGAGUCUUUCUCAGGUGUUUCCUGCAUUCGUUUUAGACCCUACCAGAACGGAGAUCAUGAGUGGUUGAGCAUCGAGUCCAGAAAUGGCUGCUACUCCUACGUGGGUCGUCAGGGUGGCGGUCAGACGGUGUCCCUGAGCAGACAGGGCUGCCUGUACCACAGCACUGUCCAGCACGAGCUGCUCCAUGCCCUCGGCUUCAACCACGAGCAGACCCGCUCGGACAGGGAUAACCACAUCAGAGUGCUCUGGGAAAACAUCAUUGAUGACAUGGUGUACAAUUUCUACAAGAUCGACACUCUGAACCAGGGAACUCCUUAUGACUACAACUCUGUCAUGCAAUAUGAGAGGUAUGCCUUCUCAAAGAACAACCUUCCCACCAUGGAGCCCAUUCCCAACAGCAAUGUUUCCUUUGGCCAGGCCACGGAGAUGAGCAAGAAUGACAUUGACAGGUUGAACCGCCUCUAUAAAUGCUAAACUGCUCCUGAACCAGGAAAACAUGAAACCUGGAAACGUUCCUGGAUCUGAACCCAGUUUUCCAUCCCCAUCCUGAUGCAUCAAAUGGCUGAAUGCUGUUUCUGAAGGCAAAUAAAUAAAGACGUUUGGGUUUAAAAAAAG